AUGGGUGUGGCCCUGGCAAGGUUAGUGCAGUGGACUGCUACUGGAUAUGGAACCAGAGCCCUGGAAAUUACUCCUCUAAAUGAAGUGAUAUUGAAAGAAAUUAUUAUGUUUGCGGAGAGUUUUAUCUACAAACAUCCCCAAGAGGCAAAAUAUGUUUUUGUAGAACCACUUGAAUGGAAGACAGAUUUGGAGCCCACAGCAUUUGAAUCAGGUUAUGUUGUCAGUGCAACAACAGUCAAAUCAGAAGAAUCUGAUGAAAAUGGACAGCCUUUGCUAUUUCUUUCUGUACCGCAAAUUAAAGUUAGGAGUUUUGGGCAGCUGUCAUGCUUGUUAUUGAUUGCUAAAGAUACAAAGCUGAAGGAAGCACAAGCAUGCAUUGAAGCUAACAGAAAUCCUGUAGCAAAAAUCCUGGGCUUGGAUUAUAAUACGAUGAAAGAAGAGUCAUCUGUAUUAAAUAUUCUUGAUAAAAUUACCAAAGACGAUGAUACUGAAAGUGAGAUGAAGAUGAAGAUUGGCAUACUGCUUAAGCAACUGGAUGUACACCUCCUCAAUCAUUCUCUAAAACAUAUUUCAUUAGAAAUACGUUUAAAUCCAGCAGCAGUUAAGAAUGAUAUAGAACUGCUCAAACGUUUCUCGGGAAAAGGAGAACAAACAGUCUUGGAAUCUAUCAAAUAUACCUCAGAUUAUGAAUAUUCAAAUGGAUGUCGAGCCCCACCUUGGAGACAGAUUCUUGGAGAAAUUUGUUAUGUGCUGGUGAAACCACAUGAUGUUGAAACUUUGUGCAUUACUUGUAGUGAAGAAGGCGUAUUUUUAAAUGGUGGCAAAACAGAUGAUGAGGAAAUUAAUUAUGAGAGAAAAGGAGUGAUUUAUAAAGACCUUGUCACAUGUUUAAAAGAAAAAUCAGCAACAUUUUCAGCAAAUAUGUCUAAACAGCAAACUAGAUUUAAUGAAGAAUUGCAAAAGGGAAAGAAUCAGCCUAAUGAGACACCUAAGAAGGAAGCAGCAAGUGCCUUACGUAAAGCUAUUCCUGGCUCAGACAAGAGUACGUUGGAGAAGAACAAAAUUAAUUUUGGGAAGAAUAACAUGAUCAAGAGAUUAGAGCCAAGUUUAAACUGGAAGACCACUGUUGAUUCCAAAGAGUAUAAUGUUUUUAGACACAGAUCCUCACUUCAUGAGGAAAAACAUGGCGGAAGACUUGAAAAGUCAGCACCAUCUGUUUCACCUGGAAAAGCACAAUUAGUUCGUAAGAGUGCUGAAAAGGUUGAGGAAAUUGUUAGUGAGAGCUCCUCAGAGAGCGAAGAAGAUGAAGAACCACCUGAUCAUCGUCAGGAAGCAAAUGCAGAUUUGCCAUCUGAAUAUUGGCAAAUUCAGAAGCUGGUGAAAUAUUUGAAGGGAGGAAAUCAGACAGCUACAGUGAUUGCAUUGUGUUCAAUGAAGGAUUUCAACUUAGCGCAAGAGACCUGCCAGUUGGCAAUCAGGGAUGUUGGAGGCCUUGAAGUUUUAAUCAAUUUACUUGAUACAGAUGAAGUCAAAUGUAAGAUUGGUUCAUUAAAAAUCCUGAAGGAAAUCAGUCAUAAUCCUCAAAUCAGACGUAAUAUUGUUGACCUUGGGGGCUUACCAAUUAUGGUUAAUAUACUUGAUUCUCCACAUAAGAGUCUGAAAUGUUUGGCCGCUGAGACAAUUGCAAAUGUUGCCAAGUUUAGGAGAGCCAGGUGGGCAGUGAGACACCAUGGGGGCAUCACUAAACUGGUUGCUCUACUUGACUGUGCACAGAAUUCUGCAGAACCUGCUCAGUCGAGUCUGUAUGAUGCCAGAGACGUGGAAGUGGCUCGCUGUGGGGCGCUGGCACUGUGGAGCUGCAGUAAGAGUUAUGCGAAUAAAGAAGCCAUUCGUAAGGCUGGGGGCAUUCCGUUGUUGGCUCGGUUGCUGAAAACGUCUCAUGAAAACAUGCUGAUUCCGGUGGUGGGGACUUUGCAAGAAUGUGCAUCAGAGGAAAACUACCGAGCUGCAAUCAAAGCAGAAAGGAUAAUUGAAAAUCUGGUAAAGAACCUAAAUAGUGAGAAUGAGCAGCUGCAGGAACACUGCGCCAUGGCCAUCUACCAGUGUGCUGAAGAUGAAGAAACCCGUGACCUGGUUAGGAUGCAUGGAGGACUUAAACCCCUGGCCAGUCUGCUCAAUAACACUGACAAUAAAGAACGUCUGGCCGCUGUCACAGGGGCAAUAUGGAAAUGUUCCAUCAGCAAAGAGAAUGUGACCAAGUUUCGGGAAUACAAAGCCAUUGAAACUUUAGUGGGACUUUUAACUGACCAGCCCGAAGAAGUUCUUGUGAAUGUGGUGGGCGCACUGGGAGAAUGUUGUCAAGAAUAUGAAAACCGAGUCAUUGUCCGGAAAUGUGGUGGCAUUCAACCCCUUGUGAACCUCCUCGUUGGAAUAAACCAAGCUCUUCUUGUCAAUGUCACAAAAGCAGUUGGUGCAUGUGCAGUGGAGCCUGAAAGUAUGAUGAUAAUUGAUCGCUUAGAUGGAGUUCGUUUGUUGUGGUCCUUGCUGAAAAACCCGCACCCAGACGUGAAGGCCAGCGCUGCUUGGGCCCUCUGUCCCUGCAUCCAAAAUGCUAAGGAUGCUGGAGAAAUGGUUCGUUCCUUUGUUGGUGGUUUGGAACUUGUUGUCAAUUUACUGAAAUCAGAUAAUAAAGAAGUUUUGGCAAGUGUAUGUGCUGCUAUUACCAAUAUAGCAAAAGAUCAAGAAAAUUUAGCUGUCAUUACAGAUCACGGAGUUGUCCCUUUAUUGUCCAAACUAGCCAAUACAAAUAACGAUAAACUCAGGCAUCAUCUAGCAGAAGCCAUUUCAUGCUGCUGUAUGUGGGGCAGAAACAGAGUGGCCUUUGGUGAAAACAAGGCAGUGGCUCCAUUGGUGCGUUACCUGAAAUCGAAUGAUGCCAAUGUGCAUCGAGCAACAGCUCAGGCCUUGUACCAACUCUCAGAGGAUGCCGACAACUGCAUCACCAUGCAUGAGAAUGGCGCAGUCAAGCUUCUACUGCACAUGGUUGGGUCCCCUGAUCAGGACCUCCAGGAAGCUGCAGCUGGUUGCAUAUCUAACAUCCGCAGGCUGGCUCUUGCUACAGAAAAGGCAAGAUACACUUGAAAUUUGAACAGACAUUUCAAGCUAUCAAAUUUUACAUGACACAGAACAUAUCACUCCCAUGGCCAGGAAGCUGAAAUUAGGAAACAUUUAUUAGCAGAUCCUUUACAAGCAGACAAAUGCCUGAAUGAAAACAUAUGGAUGAAAAAUAUGAAGGAUGCUGUUCAUGCAAAAACUGCAUGGAUAUUUUUGUUCUAUUCAAUGUUUUAAGGAUCUGCAUGUAAUGAAAUAUAAAGCCAAUAAAUUUUUUUGUAAUUUUCCAGGAAUCGAGAAUAUAUGUAUCCAGUAUUUUUUUUUCCAGUAAUGCUUUUGUAUUUGUGAAAAUUUUAA